UGUGUCAGCAGGCAGGAGGCUGGACUGGUCGGGAGGAGUGUUUGAGCUCAGAGCUCAACAUCACCGGAGCUCACUCACUCACUCUCUGCCUCUCUCGGAGUGUGAGGCGGUCUCCCCCUCUCUCUCUCCCUCUACCUCUCUCUCUCUGUCUGUUUCUCUCUCCCUCUCUCUCUCUCUCUCAGUCGGGGCUCUCGGGGGAAUCAGGAUUUUCUCACCUCAACUACACACACACACCUCAGAGCCGCGGGCGUUCACUCUCCAGGAGGACGCGGGUUGGAUUAUUACGCAGAACUUUGAUUUGUGUCUCAACUCUCGCACGGAGAAGCAUGGAGCGCACUGUGUGCAGUUUGAUGUAACCAUCUGAGGACGCCUGCCGAACCUGUCUCUCUCUCUUCGCGUGCCGUCAUGGUGAAUCGGUCCAUCCGGAUGAACUUGCAGUGGGGCAGCCCGGCACCUUGCAUCCGCGCCGUGCGGGUCGCGCACAAGCGGCUGGACGCGGACGACCAGCCGCCGGCGAAAUGCGCCAGGCUGAGCUCCGAGGCGGGGGACAGCAACACGCAGGGGCUCCUCGGCACCUCGCCCGGAUCCCCGGCCAGCCCCGGCUCCCACACCCCGUCGGCCACCCACCAGGGACCCUCCCGGAUAGGACCGUUCCUGCUUCUACCUCUGGCGGACCGGGAGAGCAUGCACAGCGCCAUGAACACCGACACCGGCGACGAGCUGCUGUGCAAGGUCUUUGAUAUGUGGGUGUACCAGGAAAAGAUCAGAGCCUACGGGAUACUACCCGCCCACAAGAAUGUGGCCGGCAUCAGGGACAUCAUCCUUGGCGAAUGCAAGGCCUACGUGUUCCUGGACAAAGACUUUGGGGACAUGCACACGUUGGUGAAGAGCUGUCGCAGGCUGGAUGAGGAGCACGCCUGCAGGCUCUUCCGUCAGGUGGCCCUGGCCGUGGCGCACUGUCACCAGGCUGGGAUCGUGCUGGGGGACCUCAAGCUCCGCAAGUUUGUCUUCACUGACGACAAAAGGACUCAGGUGAGACUCGAAAGCCUCGAGGACUGUCGCGUCCUGGAAGACCCAAACAACGACUCCAUGUCAGACACCCACGGCUGCCCCGCUUACGUCAGCCCGGAGAUCCUCAGCGGCUCAGCGCCUUACUCCGGCAAGAUGGCUGACAUGUGGAGCCUGGGGGUCAUGCUGUACACCAUGCUGGUUGGCCGCUACCCCUUCCACGACCCAGACCCGGCCACACUGUUUUCCAAAAUCCGCAGAGGCCAGUGCUGUUUGCCAGAGGGCUUGUCACCCAAGGCCAAAUGUCUGCUCCAAAGCCUUCUGAGGAAAGAACCCUGUGAGAGACUCACGGCAGCCGAGCUGCUCGCCCAUCCGUGGUUCCACCAGCCGCCUUCGUCGCAGGAAGGGGUCCUGGGUGAACAGGAAGUGAGCUCGGCGGAACAGAUGGUGCCGUCCUUUGACGUGGAAGAGGAGGAUGAUUUGUUCUGCUGACGGACUUGAUUCAGCAGAGUAUGGCUAAGGGACCAAAACAAAAUGAGGGAUUCAUCGUUGUAUUUUUCCUUGGCACUUUUUAGAAAGUCAGUUGUCUACUGUUGUGUGUACAUACACCCUCAAACCUUCGACGAAAACUUACUGUACUGUAUUUUGUUGUCGUAUAUGUGUUACUUGCUAAGGGCAUUGCUCACAAUGAUCAUUCAUUGUGUUUCUAUGUGUUUUUGAAAUUAUUUGGUGCUAAAAGAAAUAACAAGGACUCAAACAUGCCAGAUUAUGUUAAGAAAAUAAUCUCUGCGGGCUACGAUGGGUGAAUCACAGAGAUGUGACUUGUGGCAAACAGUGGUCACCAACGCCUACACUCAUAAGGCUCCAGAAAGCAGUAGAUUAAUCCUGAAGGGGAGGCGAGGGUAUCAGGAUGUUGCUCCUCUCACCCUCUGACCGGGUUGGAGGCUCCAGCGGCUGACUCACCGAGCGGCUCUAGGAAGGCCUUCACACAAGCCUGACGUCUCACAUCAGGCGGGGACACAGAGUGAGAAAGAUGCUCAGCAGCGGACUGAUGUGUCACACUCAGCGGGACGCCAUGGCAGUGUAUCGCUGCCAAUCUGGCAACCUCUCGGCAAACGGAGAGCAUUUACAAAUCUCACACCAUGCACAGAAGGUUGAGAAAGGCAGGGUGUUACUGGUGCAAGACUCAUGAGAAAAGUGGGACGAGUUUGUCACACACACACACACACACGCACACACUCAGAAAGUGUGACACUAGGCCAACAGUUAAAAUGAAAUCCUGAAGCUUUUAUUCGAAAGCUUGCUCCAAUACCGAAUACUUCAUGUAAAAGUGUCGAUUAACAGGGUUGAACCUUGUAAAUUUCACUGUGUCUGCUCUGUGUGCAAUUAGACACAAACCAAAACUUAACACUAAUGCAUACGGUUUUAAAAUAAAAGCUGAGAGCAAUUCUGGUUUUAAAGACUCGGUCAUCUUGCCUCAGCAGAAACAGAGGUAGGAGGCAGAUUUUUUUAUUUCUAAGGCCUGACGGCAUUUUACAGCAGGUUUUACACAGACAAAGUGAAAAUACGGAGAAUUCAAGAGGUAUUUCCCACCGGUACAAUCUGCCUUUUCUCUACUUGUAUUAUUUAAAGAAAUAUCCAGUUAAAGAACAACCAAAUCAAACAUAUUACCGGGAAAAAAUGAAGCGAUUUGGACCCGUUCACUUCAUUUCUGUUGGAAUAUUAUUUCAAGCUGUGUUGCUUUAACAGGGCCGAGCUGUGCCGAGUGUUGUGCCUGUAUCACUGUGUUUCAUAAACUGAACGGCUCUGAAUCAGUCACAGUCAGGCGAUGUUUGAUGUUGGUUGUCUGGUGAUGACUCAACGCUCCAGCGUGUCUGCAGAGAAUGGUCCUGACCUUGGCAGGAAGAAUCUGUUCCGACUGUUUCACCUCUUUAAUGGUACAUUUUCUUUCCCUUUCCUCUUUUUUUUAUUUUAUUUUUUAUUACUGCCGUUGAAAGCUGUGGAUCCAUGGAGACUAGUCAUCACAGUUAGUGACAUGAUGUACCACCUUCUAAAUGAUCUUUUAUCUUCGAUUGUGACGGGUGGAUGCAGCGUUUCAGUGACGUUAAGCUUUACUGCAGGUCUGCAGCCAGCUAUUUCAACCUGGUACAAUAAUUUUGACAAUGGUACUGAAUCUGGCAUAUCUGAGAAGCGCUGGGCAUUUGAUGUUUUGGUCAAACAGUCGGCUAAUACCACGUUUCAAUAUUUUCUCUCAUCUGCCUGAGAUACCAGAUUAGAACAGACUUGUGACAAUUUGGGUUCUUCCUCGCAGAAAAACGUAAUUUAUGAGGUUUAGGAUUUUCAUUAGUGAGUCACACCUUCAUGUGACGCGUAGAGUGAACGGACACGGGUGCACAAACUUCGUAUUGCACUGUGAAUUAUGUAUUUGUGACCGAACCUAUGGGCUUUUUAUUGGUCCAGACAGGUUACACACAAGAGUUAUAUUCAUUGUAUAAAAAUAUGUAAAUAUGUACUGUAUAUUUGAAACAUGUGUGGAAAAGUUGAAUAAAAAUCACAGUUUUUCAUUUUCA